UGUCAGAGCGCUGAGCUGAGCCCCGCGCAGAGGAAGCACGCUCUUGGGCUUGGCCACUUAGCAACUCCGGACUUUGGAAGAAAUUGGCCAGCCUUCGACCCUGGCUGAGUGGUGCUUCAAUACUGAGAUGGAGCCUCUGAACAGCACGCACCCCAGCACCGCAGCCCCCAGCGGCCACCUUGUGUCCCACGUGCCGGGCAGCGGGAGCAGCAACGGCAACGAGUACUUCUACAUUCUGGUCGUCAUGUCCUUCUACGGCAUCUUCUUGAUCGGAAUCAUGCUGGGCUAUAUGAAAUCUAAGAGGCGGGAGAAGAAGUCCAGCCUGCUGCUGCUGUACAAGGAUGAGGAGAGGCUCUGGGGGGAGGCCAUGAAGCCGCUGCCCAUGGUGUCGGGCCUGAGGUCGGUGCAGGUGCCCAUGAUGCUAAACAUGCUGCAGGAGAGUGUGGCGCCCGCCCUGUCUUGUACCCUCUGCUCCAUGGAAGGCGACAGCGUGAGCUCCGAGUCCUCCACACCGGACGUGCACCUCACCAUCCAGGAGGAGGGGGCGGACGAUGAGCUGGGGGAGACCUCGGAGACGCUCCUCAACGAAAGCAGCGAAGGCUCCUCGGAGAACAUCCAUCAGAAUUCCUAGCACCCCCGGGGCCCCCCAUCAGCCAGCACUCUCAGAGAGGGGACGGACACUUUCCGUGUCUGGUUUCACUUUUGCAGUGCAUGCCGCUGCCACUUUAAAGAGACCUUGGGCAAGCCCCUGAAUGGGGGGCCAAGGCUCAGCCUGAGGGAGCAGCCAGUUGUCCACGCCGCCGCCGGGCCUGCGGUGUAGACCUGCCACGGAAAAGCCCUGAAGACGUGCAGUGUGUACGCUGACUUUGGGGCCUGGGGGCUGGGGUUCCGGUUCAGAAUUCGGCAGGUGGCCGUGCUUGCCCUUGUUUCCGCGCUGGAUGCCCUGGGCAACUAACUCCUACGGCGUCUGCCCCCCUCCCAGGGCUGCCCAACGCCCAGGACACGCUGAGGGACUAGUUUUGAUCUGCUAAUUUGCCUAGAGCUUUGUUCUAGAUCUGAUUGGCUGUAAGUACCUCUCCUGUGUCCCUGUAGUGGGGUACAGCACUUAUUUUGGAGGUCUUUUAGGUUAGAGGGGGGAUGUCUGAAGGAAGACUUUUGUUUGAUAGCAGAAAGCUGGAGAGCGAAACCUGGCUCAUUUGCAUACUGUAAGAAAAAAGAAAAAGCAACCUUUAAGCCUGAUAACCUUGGCUGGGAUUAUAAAAUGUAAUCUGCUACUUUGACCCUUUGUCUAACCUAUGACCUUGAACUCUGACCUCAGACCAUCCGGCCUCGCAUGCUGGUGGGACAUUUUCUUGGUUGCAAAGGCUUCCCCAGAAUCUAACCUGCACUCUGAAUAGCCAUGCAGGGGACUCUUCUGGAUCUUUCCAGAAGGGGUGAUGGUGGGGUUGAACGAGGCCAAGCCGUUAGCUCUGCUGCUGCUUUUUUCCCAGCCUCGUUUUCGGAGCUGGGAGUCGACGUAACGUGGGCCUCGAAGGGCAUAGUCAGGCGGAGGUCGCACAAAGCAGGGGUCCGGGUUCUGUUUUCUGAUCCCGAGCCCGGACGCUGAUCUGCUGUGUGGUCCUGGGCUUGUCAUCAAGAGGCUCACUGCCUUCAUGAGGCUCCUGAAUUGAGAUCCCCAGGGGGCCGGGAGGAUGUCUUUGGAUGUUAAGACUCUGUGGUAAAUCCUGUAUGGCCUGGUGUGAGGAAGCUUGGACAAAAUAUUUCCCACUCGGCCAGUCAGCCUGAGAAUGGAUCUGUUAUUUAAAGGAGCAGUUGGAGACCCAGAACGCACGUAACUGGGAAAUCCAGGGCAUAUCACCCCCCCUGUUCAGGCUGUCGUUUUUCCCAGGAGUGAACCAGGGAGGCACAUACCACAUUCUACUCUGCAAAGUUCUCUGGGUAGCAGAAUGUUAAUACUUCAGCCGAGAGACGAGAAAUCUAAAAGCAAACGCUCAGGAAUGCUUGCUAAUGUCUCCGUGUGUUCCUGCGGUCAGUAGCUUUGUAGCAGAGCCGUUCGGCCCUUGAAGGCAAGCAGGAAGAGAAACACACCAAAAGGUCAAAUUUAAUUCUAGUAAAACCAAAAAAAAAGAAAAAAAGAAAAAGAUUUUUUUUUUUUUUUUUUAAAGACAUACUCUCCCUUGAUUGGAGAUAGCAAUAACCACUGUUCCCAUGGAAGGGUUAACAGUGGAGAAACUGGUUUAUCAGUUUGCCUUAACACAGUGCUAGAGGAAAUUUAUGUUUGGGGGGGGGGGGGCGGGAAGGGCCCGCCGUUCACUUUAAAAUUGUGAGCGUGGAUUUACUCCAAGGGGGCUGUUUAAGGUGAAAGAAGCCAAGUUAAGUUUGGCUCCUUGCCUGGAAUCACUUGAAUUCUGAAACUUCACUGCGACGGACUUGUGCAUGGUCACAUUUUCCAUUGCUUAAUCCUGAAGUUUGGUGCAAGUCUAUCUGCGCCUAUUAAAAAAGUGAUGUAUAUACUUCCUUCUUAUUCUAUUAAGUUGUAUAAAAUUGUCUUCUGUAUUUAACAGUUUGUAAUUUUCACACUAUUUUUUAAUUUAAAUAAAACACAUUUUCCCUGCGAAAUUAUGGGUUCUGUCUUGGAUUCUUCACUAUAAUUCCUAGUUUCAGGACCUGCCAGCCAUUUCCCAAGCGGUCUCUGGAUCCGGAUCAUCUUCAGAAUCAGACUCACACGAAGUUGUAUCUUAUUUCUGCCUGAAUCAUGGAGUGAGCGGGGCUGGGCUUCCCCAUCCUUUGAUAUGCUUUGCAAUGAACAAAACAAAACAAAACAAAACAAAAGUGUAGAUGGAUGCUGCAUCCACCUCUCAUUUUAAAUUUGGGGGCUGUGGGACCCUUGAAUUUGAACACGCCUGUGACAUGGCAAUUGCUGUAAAGAUGUUGCUCCAAAUUUGGUCGCCGGAAAACAUUGGCUUUGCAUGUUGGCUACUCAAAUAUCAUCCACAAGUGGCCACGGCAGCACAGACGAAGGGGCAGUGAGUUGCAGCACACGCGGCAACAUAGGCUUAGGGGCAAAGCGAAGCGCCCACGCGGUGGGUCGGCCUUGGCGCUCCUUCCGGUCCCAGGCACUUGACUGUCUAGCUCCUCCCACUUGGUGUUGAUUUCGCGCCAGCGCACGGGCCGAGGCCCGGCCAGGGGCCAGGAUGCUGCGAUCUCUCCUUUAUGAUGCUGUUUCCACAGUCGGAAGUCCUAAAGAAAAAUGACCAAAACCGGUGACCCAUUUUGAGACAAGCAGAUGGUAGAGAGGGGCCUUACUUUUAUGUUUCGCUGUUUCCUGUGAGUUUAGCUUUUCUGUUUCAAGUAAAUGUUUCCAUUAGGUUCACAAAUAACUGUCUCCCUAAAGUAUUUAUCUGGCAAAAGGACAGCCUGGAUUCUUCCCAAAGCGCAUCAAGGAUCUCAAGUCACCAGUUGGUAUUUUGACAACAUAACAUGAGAACAUUAUCUGAAAAGAAAGCCUUUCAAUUAAUCCUGGCUUCAUGUCAUUCUUGGUGAAGAAAGAGUUAAGAUUUUUUUUUCCUUUUUAACCAGGGGCGGAAGAAGAGGGAAUUCUAAACUCUAAUUGUCCUAAAAAUAUGAAGAGUACACUAUGUCGUUUUAAUGGAAUAUUUGUUUUCUUUAAAAAAAAAAAAAAAGAAGAAGAACUUCUAAGCAAAACCUAAGGCCCAAGGGGUUUAGUCUGUGUGGAUUUACUCAUGCAUGUGAAAAACUGAGAAGAGAAUUUGGCCCUAUGCACCUAGGAUAUUAGAAACAUAUUUUAAAGCACUGAAAUGUUAGGGAUGAGUUCUAACUCCAUGCUGUUCUAAUUACACCUUUGUACGUCAAAGUCAGGCAGGGAUGCUGCAGAGAAAAAGUUUUCUUUCACAGACA